AUGAAAGCGUUCACCAUCAAAGGCGUCGACGCCGCCAACAAGAACAACAAAAGCAGAGGAAGAAAAGACGACGAUGGAGGAGAAAAGAAGAAAAAGAAGCGCGACCGCCGCGCGAAUAUAUUCUCUCGUGUAAACUUCCUCGCGGUCAUCGACCCGACGAAAUUGAACGAACAACUCCGUCAAAUUCAGGAGAAAAUUCCAAAGCAAUUCGUGGACGAAGAGACCGGGAAAUUCAAGUUGCCCGAUUUUAAAGCGGCUUUAGAGGAACUCAGAGAAGAGAGGCAGCACAUGGAGUAUCAUCCCGAUCGGAAGAGAUUAUCCUCGGUGGCGGAUUUUUUCAAAUACACGGAAGAGGAAGGACUCAAAUUCUUCGAAGAAGAAAUAGACGUGACGCAAACUGGAAAAGUGACCUUGGACGAUUUGAAGUUUGUCAUGCGGAGAAGGAAACUACCCAACUGGUACGCCAAGAAGUUCUUCGACCGAGCGAAACCGAAUUACUUCGCGAGGUCUUUGUCGUGGGAAGAUUUCAAAGCGGUCAUGAACGAACGCGAAUCGAAAAUGUUAAAAGCGUACAAUUCGUUAUCGGUUGGGAGAUCGGGGAUGCUGCGAGAAAACGACGUGAAACUAUCCUUGGCAAAACUUGGGUUACCGGCGACGGAUGAAAACGCGAAGGCUAUGCUGCGACACAUGGCGCUUAGCGGGAACCAGAAAUUCAUUUCCUACGGGCAGUUUAGAAAUUUUAUGAUGUUAUUGCCUCAAGAUGUGGUGGCUAUGGAUUCCGAUCCAUCCAAGGUGUGGUUUGAAGCGGCAACGAUGGUAGAGUUUGCAAAACCUCAAGGUUCAGGAGGGACGUUUUCGAUGGCGCUGAAAGCCGCAUUGGCCGGAGGGUGCGCCUCGGCUAUGUCCACAUCCACGUUACAUCCGAUAGAUACGCUUAAAACGAGACUCCAAGCUACAGUUGGAAAAGGCCCGGGGAUGAUUGGAAUAUUGAAAUCAGUUCCGAGAAAUCCAGCCGGGGUGAGAACGUUGUAUCAAGGCAUCUUACCGUCCGUCACCGGGAAUUUUUUUGGCCACGGCAUGCGCGCGGCAACGUACGAGAUGGCGAGAUUAGUGUUAGGCCCAUUGACGCUAUUACCGUUCGUUUCUGAGAUUACUGUACAAGGCAUGUCUGCAGGUGUGGGAACAUUAGUAGGCACGUGCGUGAGAAUCCCGUGCGAAGUGUUGAAACAAAAGCUUCAAACCCAACAAUACACGAACGUUUUAGCUGCGGUGAAAGGCGUGACGACGAAUGGGCCGAGACCACUAUUUGCCGGUACCGCGGCAACGCUCACGAGAGAAAUUCCGUUUUAUAUGAUUGGUAUGACCGCAUACGAGCAGUUCAAAGUUCUCGCUCGCUCGAUCAAAGGAAAGGAGCUCUCUUCGCACGAGUUUAUCGCCAUUGGCGGCGCUGCCGGGGCAGUUGGUUCCUUGUGCACGACGCCAUUUGACGUGUUGAAAACUCGAGCGAUGACUGGGCGAAGUCCCGUAGGCGAGGCGAUGUUAGUCACCAUCAGAAACAUUCUCGCAACUGAAGGUCCAAAAGCUUUGUUUAAGGGCGCGCUAUUUAGAAUUGCGUGGAUUGCGCCGUUAGGUGCGAUGAAUUUUGCUGGAUAUGAGCUAGCAAAGCGUGCCAUGGGUGGCGAAGAAGAAUCAUCGCCUCCGUCGACGAAAAGUAGCAGCAGCAGCGCCGCGAAAAGUGAUGAGGACUUUGUGGUUUUGUCUAAUGAAGACAAAAGAACUAUCGAUAGAGACCUCGCGCGCGAAGACGACGCGUAUCCUCCAAGGCAAGGAGCAGUAAAUCCUUACGUCGAGGAGCAACAACAUCAAAGCAACAACUACCCGAGCGAGGAUGAUUUCGGCGACUUUUUUGAUGACGAAAACGACGAUAGUCAUCGAAAGAACAAAUAA